UUACACAGUCGUCGCAGUGGAUGCACGCCGUCGCAAAUCCAGUUUUCCGUAAUUUAAAAAUAAAAUCCAAAUUUAUUUGAGUCGAGACGUUCGGCGAGUGUACAGUUCGGGCCUGUUGAUAAAUAACUUGUGGUUUACGAAACAUAUAUCGGACUUAUACAACAUACAUAACAACCCCUAACGAAUUUUCUACCACUGUGAGGAUUAACGUCCUCCAUCAACUCCGCCACCAUGCUGAUAAGACUGAUAGCAAAAAACUCAAGGAUUCCGGCCAGUGCCACCUUCAACUUAACGUCGAAAUGCACCAGAAACUACUCGAUAGAAUACAAACCGAUCAGGAGCGUAUUGGUAGCCAACAGGGGCGAAAUUGCUGUCAGGGUCUUCAGAGCUUGCAAUGAAUUGGGGAUCAAAUCUGUUGCUAUUUACUCUAAAGAGGACCGAGGACAUGUUCAUAGGUUAAAGGCUGACGAGUCCUAUUUGGUGGGGGGAGAAGGUAUGUCGCCAGUAGAAGCUUACCUAAACAUUCCACAAAUAGUGAAAAUUUGUAAAGACCAAGGUAUCGAUGCCGUCCAUCCCGGUUAUGGGUUUUUGUCUGAAAGGGCGGAUUUUGCCCAAGCAGUUAUUGAUGCUGGAUUAAGAUUCAUUGGUCCCUCUCCGAAGGUGGUCCAUCAAAUGGGUGAUAAAGUGGCUGCCAGAGAGGCCGCCAUUGCUGCCGGAGUACCGAUAGUGCCAGGGACAGAUGGACCAGUUUCCACUUUAGACGAAGCUAUGGAUUUUUGCCAGAAACAUGGAUUACCUGUGAUAUUUAAGGCUGCUUAUGGUGGUGGUGGCAGAGGCAUGAGGGUAGUAACCAGCCUGGAUAAAGUAGAAGAAAACUACAAAAGGGCCUCCUCAGAAGCUCUGGCAGCUUUUGGCAAUGGAGCCCUAUUUAUUGAAAGAUUCAUCGAACGACCGAGGCAUAUCGAAGUUCAGCUGCUCGGAGACAAAGCCGGAAACGUCGUCCAUUUGUACGAGAGAGACUGUUCGGUGCAAAGGAGGCAUCAAAAGGUGGUGGAAAUGGCCCCCGCACCCCAUUUGGACCCAAAGAUCAGACAAGCCAUGACCGAUAUGGCGGUUAAGUUGGCCAAGCAUGUCGGUUAUGAGAACGCCGGUACCGUGGAGUUCUUGUGCGAUCCUAAGGGGAACUUUUACUUUAUUGAAGUCAAUGCCAGAUUACAGGUGGAGCACACCGUAACGGAAGAAAUCACCGGGAUUGACUUAGUGCAGAGUCAAAUUAGGGUGGCUGAAGGAGUGACGCUGCCGGAGUUGGGGAUAACACAAGAAAAAAUUCAACCUACUGGUUUCGCCAUUCAAUGUCGUGUAACCACUGAGGAUCCAGCGAAGAAUUUCCAACCAGACGUCGGAAGGAUCGAAGUAUACCGUUCUGGAGAAGGUAUGGGAAUUCGUCUGGACGGCGCAUCUGGAUUCGCUGGUGCAAUAAUCUCACCCUACUAUGAUUCUUUGUUGGUAAAAGUGAUCGCGCACUCGAUCGACUUGCCAACUGCAUGUGCCAAAAUGGAGAGAGCUCUAAGGGAAUUCCGUAUUAGAGGUGUAAAGACCAACAUUCCGUUCCUCGUAAACGUAAUCACCAAUCAAAAGUUUAUUAAUGGUUCUGUUGACACGCAUUUCAUCGAUGAAAAUCCGCAACUCUUCCAAAUGACCCCCACUAAGAAUAGAGCCCAGAAGUUGCUGCAAUAUUUGGCAACUGUUCUCGUUAACGGACCCCAAACACCAUUAGCGACCAAGUUGAAACCUGCAGAAACUGUGCCUCAUCUGCCUGACGUCUCCAUGGAGUACCUUUCUUACACACGUGACCAAAAACCUGAUGUGCACCCCCCAAAAGGAUUUUAUCAAAUCUACAAAGAACAAGGGCCAGAAGCCUUCGCCAAGGCAGUAAGAAACCACAAAGGGCUACUGUUAAUGGACACCACAUUCCGUGAUGCGCAUCAGUCACUUUUGGCCACCAGGGUGCGCACGUACGACUUACUGAAAAUCUCUCCAUUUGUCACACAUAACUUUAGCAACUUGUAUUCGAUGGAAAAUUGGGGAGGGGCCACUUUUGACGUAUCGCUAAGGUUUUUACACGAAUGUCCAUGGGAACGUCUCGAAGAAAUGCGCAAACUCAUCCCGAACAUUCCAUUCCAAAUGUUGUUGAGGGGCGCGAACGCGGUCGGCUAUACAAAUUACCCCGACAAUGUUGUUUUUAAGUUUUGCGAAUUAGCCGUGAAAACCGGCAUGGAUGUGUUCAGAGUUUUUGACUCGCUCAACUACUUGCCAAAUUUGAUUUUGGGUAUGGAGGCGGCUGGCAAAGCGGGCGGAAUCGUGGAGGCGGCUAUUUCCUACUCCGGUGACGUCAGUAACCCGAAAAGAACCAAAUACGAUCUGAAAUAUUACGUUAAUAUCGCGGACGAGUUGGUUAAAGCCGGCACACACGUGCUUUGCAUCAAAGACAUGGCUGGCCUGUUAAAGCCCAAGGCAGCCAAGAUGUUAGUUUCUGCUUUGAGAGACAAGCAUCCGGACGUGCCUAUUCAUAUUCACACUCAUGACACUAGUGGGGCAGGAGUUGCCUCGAUGUUGGCAUGCGCCGAGGCAGGCGCUGACGUCGUUGACGUCGCGGUGGAUGCCAUGUCUGGAAUGACGUCACAGCCCAGUAUGGGAGCUAUCGUUGCCAGUUUACAAGGCACCCCACUGGACACUCAGUUGGAUCUGGCGAAGGUUUCCGAAUACUCAGCUUAUUGGGAACAAACUAGGACACUAUAUGCACCAUUCGAAUGCACCACCACAAUGAAAAGUGGCAACGCCGAUGUGUAUAUUAACGAAAUCCCUGGUGGUCAAUAUACGAACUUACAGUUCCAGGCGUACUCCUUGGGACUGGGCGACUUUUUCGAGGACGUUAAAAAGGCUUAUGCGCAGGCAAAUGAAUUAUUAGGUGAUAUAAUCAAAGUGACUCCUUCAUCCAAGGUGGUGGGCGACUUGGCACAGUUUAUGGUGCAAAACAAACUUAAGCCCCAAGACGUUUUGGAUAAGGCGGAAGAAUUGUCGUUCCCUAAAUCUGUAGUGGAAUAUUUACAAGGGGCUAUUGGGCAGCCUUAUGGAGGCUUUCCAGAGCCACUAAGGUCCAAAGUUCUAAGAAACAUGCCUAGGAUUGAGGGACGUCCUGGAGCCAGUUUGCCUCCCUUGGACUUCACAGCAUUGCAAAGUGACUUGGCGGAGAGCUUCCCAGGUAUUGGGGAGCGAGAUGUAAUGAGUGCUGCUCUCUAUCCUCAAGUGACGAGAGAAUAUUUGUCGUUCAGAGAUAAAUUCGGACCGGUUGAUAAGCUGGACACAAGGAUAUUUUUGACUGGACCAAAAGUGGGCGAAGAGUUCGAGUGUACUAUUGAUAAGGGCAAAACAUUGGGUAUCAAGACUCUUGCCAUGGCGGAAGAUUUAACAGAAAACGGCGAAAGAGAGGUCUUCUUUGAACUAAACGGCACACUCCGUUCAGUGUUUAUUAAGGAUACCGAAGGUUCGAAGGACAAAGUGGUUCACCCCAAGGCUGACAAAGCAAAUAAGUCACAAGUCGGUGCUCCCAUGCCUGGUACUGUUAUCGAUAUUAGGGUUAAGCCUGGAGAUAAAAUCGAAAAGGGCCAUCCCGUGGUGAUCCUUUCGGCGAUGAAAAUGGAAACGGUGGUGCAAAGUCCAGUCGCUGGUACCGUAAAAGAAGUGAAAGUGGACCUGAAUAUGAAAAUCGAGGCCGAAGAUUUACUGAUGAUCGUGGAGUAGACACUUGUUCAUACAUUUAUGUUGUUAUUUGUUAUUUUUAUAUUUAGAAUUUAUUACAUAUAAUAGUUUUUAUAUUUGUU